AUGGUUCCCCGAUUAUUAACUGUUGCACGCCCUCCGAGAAAGUCACAGUCGCCAAUUGUGAAAGAUACAACAGAUGAUGUCCUGGAAAUAUCUUCGGACUUCUCUGUUUUGCGGCGAAGGCCCAGGGAUGCCAUCAAAGCGGCCAAGCUACCCAACAUAACUGUCGGAGUUUCUGCGCCGAACAACACAUCCCGGGCUUUGUACAAGCGCUGCUUAUCAGAGACAGCGUGUUUUCCAUCAGAAACUUCUCAGUGGAAUCGCAAGGGAAAGCCAUUCGCGUUAGAUGAUGCAAAGCCCUCUGCUGAGUCAUCACUUGCGCUUACGGGUUGCUCAUUUUUUCAUCUAGGAGAUGAUGUAUUUGAUGAUGUGACCAAUGUUUUGGAGAACACUUUGCGGCGUCAGUGCUUUCAACCCAUCUGGUCCCUUAUCGGAACAUUUAAGACGAAUAUUCAUUCUGUGGUUGAUACGGAUCCCCAUCACGACACACUCAAGUGGUACCAGCGAACACCGAAGAACGACUUUCAACAAAUGCGGAUCCCCCUUUCUUCUAUAAAAGAAAUUAGAAUAUCGAGCGCGCCCCCAGAAGAAAUGGGUCCAAAUUGGGUAAUUAUUCGCACCUCGACUAAACCAACCCAAAUUGUGUUUGGUUUUGAGAAGCUAUCGGAGGCAAAAAGAAUGAGAGCAGCCCUGCAUUCUUUCCUGAAUGCUUAG